AUGGCUGCUACUUUCCCUCCUGGUGGUACUUGGUUCGAUACCUUGACCAAGUCCUUCGCCGAUGUUCCCAUUGACGCUGCCAACGACGAUGCUAUCUCCACAGACGAUUUCCUCCAAGCUGCCGAAGCUCUAGUCUCUCUCUUCGAUGUCCUCGGCUCUGUCGCUUUCAAUCCCGUCAAGAGUGAUUUGCUGGGCAACAUCAAGAAAAUUCGGGACCGCAGACUCGAAGCCCCUGCCGAGUCUGAGACUCUACAGGCACUUGUUCUGAAUGAAUUGAAGACUAAGAAGCACACCGCUACCGAGGGUUUGCUCUGGCUGGUCCGUGGUCUUGAUUUCACUGCCCAGGCUCUCCGCCACAACCUUGACAACCCCUCCAGUGAGCUUUCAGACUCCUUCCGCAAUGCCUACGGUGGCACCCUCAAGCCUCACCACAGCUUCAUCGUUAAGCCCCUCUUCAGCGCUGCCAUGUCCGCAACCCCAUACCGGAAGGAUUUUAUUGCCAAAUUAGGUGACAGCCAGGUUAACGUCGACACUGCCAUGUCGAAGGAGGUUGCGGCCUUGGAGAAGUUGUUGGAUAUUCUGAAGAAAUUCCAGGCCCGCAAGGAAGCUCAGUGGAAGUAA